AUUCAACUGUUCACAUGUUAGGUAUAAGUACCUGUCAGCGGAUCAGCUUGAGUUUUCAGAAAAUAUUUUGCUAGCACCUGAUAAAGGCUGAUUUAUUAUUAUUUAUAAUAAUCUUCAUAUGACGUGGAAUAGACGAAGUCUAAGAAGCAAACUUCAGUGAGCAAAAUGAAGACCCGGCCAAUGAAAAUGAAUGUGAUUAAAAUUUUAAUGUGCGCUACUUGUAUUGCCACAUUUUUUGCUGUUGCUACUUCAAGUGAUCAGCCAAUUCAGGAAAAAUCAUUAAGGUCACACACGGAUACGAAAAAUUCUAACUUAGAAGAGGAAACUAUUGGGUGGACUAUAAUUAAUGAAGAGGUUGAUACGGUAGCCCCAAUGAUUAUUUUGCAUCUCCAAAAACUUGGAAUCGAACAUUUACAGCUGCCUGAUAUGAAGGAAAGCAUUUGCAUAAAACCCCUCUUCAUCACAUAUGAGGCUGGCCUUUACCUCACCAAUGGGAUAGUAUAUAAUCUUUCUGGUAUAUAUCGACAUGGUAAUGCGUUUAUGACUUAUCAAGGAAAAUCAUUUUUGAGCCGAUUCUAUAUAAUAAUAAAGAACUUACAGUUUGAAUACAACUUUAUGCUAAAAGUUAUGGCCGCAGAAGUACUAGGAAGAGUUAUUGGGUCAUUGGAGAAUACUAUUAUCUACGCUGAGCUAUCUGUAAAUCUUGUCAACUUUAAACUGAAGCUUAAUGAUUUCCGAAUAAUAGGAUUCAGUAAUAUUCAAACGGAAUUGGACCAAGCGCAACCAAUUAAACAACUGACUGGCAUAAUUUUAAGCCCAAUAACAAGUUUGUUUAAGAACCGCAUCACUACAUCAAUAGCCGAUGGCUUAAAGGAACAAAUGCAAACAGUUAUGGAUGAUUUUAAUAAUGAGGAUCCUUUACAAUUGCGCGAAUUCACAAACAAAUUAGUUUCGGCAAUAACAGGAAAUGUUACAAGCGGCAGUAAUUUAAAGUAGUACAUAAAUAUAUUUAUUAUAAGAAUUGUGCAAUAUAAUUCGUUUAAAAACAUGCAUUAUAUUA